AUGCCUGUUCCUAUAAUAGAGUCACAAGAUGGAGGAGAGCCGCUCAUAUAUAACCGCCCUCAGAGACGCAAGGGAAAGCCGUGGUAUAAGUCGCCUGUGCUCUAUGUUCUCGCAAUUGUACCGAUGUUUACCCUUUGGCUUGGUUUCUGGCAGUUGCGACGCCUUAAGUGGAAGGUGUCUUUGAUGGAUGAAUUGGAUGAUAAGUUGCGCCGCGAUCCUCUUCGUUUCCCGCGGAAUAUCAACAUGGGGGUGUUAAAUGAGUUUGAGUUUCGCCAAUUUGAGCUGCAAGGUCGCUUUGACGUCUCGCGAGCACUAUUUGUCGGACCUCGCGGUCGAGAAGGAAAGCGUGGCUUCCAGCUCGUAGUGCCGUUCUGUCGCUCUUCUGGUGGCCCUGAUGUGCUGGUGAAUCUGGGCUUUGUCUCGGACGAACACAUUGUUGGCACUGGGAUGGACAAGCGGCUAAAAACACCCCUUCCCUAUGAUGGACGUGAAGUCACCAUUGUAACGCUUUUGCCUCGAGUAUACCCCCCAAGUCGAUUUGCUCUUGCCAAUGAGCCUCACAACAACUUGUGGAUGCAAAUCAAUCCGGCCCAGAUGGCCCACUGGCUGAAUGAGCAGGCUGGUAUCGCUGAUGUCAAUGAUGCGCCCGAAGCUCCUACGGAAUCAAAAUCGUUCUCACUAUUUCGCCGGCUCACUAAGACGAGGAUUUCUGAUCCCCAAACACCACAAGAAGCGUUCCAACAGAGCCGGUCUGUUCCAGUGUUACCGGUGUACGUGGAGCAAAUCUUCGAUGGCACUUUCUCCGAGGCUGGUGCACUCAUUCAGAAAGGCAUCCCUGUUGGACGACCACCACGCAUUGAACUCCGUAACCAGCAUGCAGAAUAUGCUGCAACAUGGUUCACGCUCAGUGCCCUUUCAUCAAUUAUGUUCGUAUACAUGGUUCGCAAAGGACGAUCGAAUUCAUAG